ACCAGUCACCAGUUUGCAUCGUAAUACAGCGGCAGAGCGAUUAUACGCAUCCAUACAGAGAGACAGAGGAUGAGGAAAUUCGAUCCAUGGCCCGUAUUCUUCAAGAGGGAAUUCAGUCGUAACUGGCCAUUCCUUGUCGGAUUUGCCGUCACCGGAACCAUCAUCACCAAGUUCUCCCUCGGACUUACCGAAGAAGACAGGAAAAACUCCGUGUUUGCUCAAAGGCACAAGAGUUGAACUUAUUAUAUCUUCCAAUGAUGACUGGAAGUGCUGGAGCACCGCUUCUUAUUGUUUCCAUUGGUAAUAAAAAGAUAUGUUGAACAUGUAACGUUUCUUUAAUUGAGAUGGGUUUGUUUGAUCGAUAGUUUGUGCUUUUUGAUAAAUUCAUUUUAAAAAUC